UGGGCCCUCAACACACUGCACAUCCUCUGCUCUUCCUCGCAGUUUCGAUGACUGCAUUCGUUCUCGUCGAAGGGGCCCCAGUUGAAGCGCGACAACUUAUACCGGGCCUCCCAAUUGACCUCCCAAUCGGCCUUCCGAGUCUGCCAAUCGGACUUCCUGGCCUUCCAAUUGGCCUUCCAGGUCUCCCGAUCGGCGCGCCUGCCACAACAACCGCCGCCCCCGCCCCGACUCUUCCUACCACGCCCGGUCUUCCAGGAGUGCCUCCCAUCAUUCCAGGCCUCCCUUCCGCUCCAGGUACCGGUCUCCCUGCCAUCCCAGCUCUCCCGGACGUCCUGGCAUCCAUGGCAUCCAUGCUUAGCAGUAUUUGGGGUCUACCGAAACCCACAACCAGCAAGCCAGGCGAUCUUCCCCUCCCACCCAUUACAAGCAUCCUCCCACCUAUCGUCACUGAGAUUCUUCCACCGAUUUUGACCGAGAUUUUGCCCCCUCUUCCGACCGGACUUCCAGACCUACCUCUUCCACCAAUUAUAACCAGCAUUCUACCUCUGGACGUUCCUCUUCCUAAGAGCGGCGUACCAGACCUCCUGGCUACGGCAACCAGUGUCGUGGAUGUCCCCUCUGUAACGAGUAGACUCCCAGGCCUACCACCCAUCGUUACCAGCAUUGCACCACUUCCGUCGCUUACCAGCAUUUUCCCAACCAUUCCGCUUCCGACUAACGACCUCCCAAUCCUCCCCACUGCUCUCUCCCUUGCUAUUCCACUCGAAGAGAGGCAACUCGACGCCAUAAUUCCCAAGGUCACACUCAGCCUUCCGGCCCUCCCAAUAAUAGAUGAUCUCGACCUACCCAUCCCAACGGACCUGCCAAUUAUUCCUGCUCUUACCAGCCUUCUGGGACCCGUUCUUGGUCCAAUCCUUCCGACCCCGACGACGAGCAGCACUCCAGUUCCACCUCUCUCGAGCCUUUUAUCUAGCCUCCCAAUUUUGACUGCUCUUCCUAUAAUCCCACCUAUUCUAGGUGGCUUAUAGA